AUGAUCCUGCUGCUGUGCCUGAUAGUCGUCGCCGCCGCGCUGUCCAUCAUCGCGCUCGCGCUCUACGAGGGCACAGCUUCGCCACCAGGGACACCAGUGGCAGCGAUGGCAGCCGAGCGUGUGGCUGCCGAGCCGGUGCAGUGGCAGGUGGCGCCCGAGACGGCUGGAGAUGCUGGGGAGGAUUCCGACAGCCGUGAGGCGGACGACGGCGAGGCCGGUGGAUACGUGAUGGCCUCGUUCAAGCAAGGCAAGGCGAUGGGUGACGGCCUCCGGCUGCUGCACUCGCAGGACGCACUGCGGUGGGAGGCGUUGCCUCCGAGCGGCAAGCCGGUGCUGGCGUGGACCGAGGUGGAGGGCGCCAGCGUGUUUCGAGACCCGUCGAUGGUCUGGGACCGCGGCCUCUUCCACCUCGUCUUCACGGCCGAGCUGGGAGCGGCCCCCUGCGGCGCCCCGUCGGGCCACGAGGGGGAUGAGACGGCGUGGUCGCCGCCCCUGCCGCUCGAGCUGCCGCCCGAGGACGCUGGUCGUUCGGUCAUCGACCUGUUCCUGCUGCUCGGCGCGGCGGGCGCGCCGCACGCGCUCUUCUACAAGCUGGAGGACAACCGGUGCGAGAGGCGUGACUACGAGCUCGGCGCGCUGCUCCGCGGCCAGAACUGCACCCUUGCGAUCCGGCACGCCACCGCGCGCCGCGUGACGGGCCCGUGGGCCGCGGCCACCGCCUCGGGGCCUUUCUUUCUCGACGCGAUCUCGCGGCCUUGUUGCGAGGGGCCUGCGGCGGGCUUCGGCGCGCUCGAGGGGGACGGCGCCUCGCGCUGGCGCGACAUCAGCGGCAGCGUCGAGGCCCCCGCCGGCUACAAGCACGGCACCGCCCUGCUCUUGCCGCACGCGGCGCUCCGGGCGGUGUGCGAGCCUCAGCCCACCGCCGCGGCGGCCGUCGGCGCGAGCCGGCGCGAGACCGGCCGCUUCCGCGACACGGAGCUCUGCAAACGGUGGCGCAGCCGCCGCAACCUCGAGGGCGAGCGCUGCGAGGGAAAGGCGUGCGAAGACUGGGCGGGGUCGCGGCGGGCAAGGGAUCUGGUGUAG